AUGGUGACUACAACUGAUGCACAGCUGGAAAAGCCUACGGGCGAGUACCGCCAGUAUCUGCCCGAUUUGAAUAUCCCACGUUUCCAGGUGAUGUGUACGCAGGAUGCGCACGAGUAUGCCCACGCUUUUAAGACGGGGAAGCAGCCCCCCUGGCUGCAUGCGCUGUACAUGCAUUGGUUGGAUUUGUUGCAGGAGCCCUUCAAGGGAGUCACCACCGACGGCAAUGUCCGUCCCGAUCUGUUCACCCUCCAAGAUGAGGAUGUCCCAAUCCAACAGAUCGUCGACGCUACACAAUCCUUCCUCUCUCUCCUCGACGACAAGCAAAAGGAAGCUGUCUGCUACCACAUCGACUCCCCCCAAUGGCGUACAUGGUCGAACCCAGAGUUCAUCCUCUCCCACAAGGGCGUCCGCCUCGACGAGGUGACCCCAGCCAUCCGCGACGCAGUCAUGAACAUCCUCAGAACCACCCUCUCCCCCGAAGGCUACGACAAAGCCGUCAGCGCGAUGCGCAUCAACCACUUCCUCGGCGAUCUCGUAAAAUCCCCACGCGUCAUGAACGAAUUCUCCUACAACUUCGCCCUCUUCGGCCGUCCCUCCACCACUCGGCCCUGGGGUUGGUCCUUCUACGGCCACCACCUCUGCAUAAACAUCUUCCUGUACAAGGGCCAGAUCAUCGCCUCGCCGUGGUUCACGGGCGCAGAGCCGAACGAGAUCGACGCCGGUCCUUACGCCGGUACCCGCAUUAUGCAAGUCGAGGAGAAACUAGGUCUGCAAUUGAUGCAAUCCCUCUCUGCCGAGUUACAAUCCCGCGCCCGCGUCUUCACCCAGAUGAAAGACCCCGCCAUGCCACCCGGUCGCUGGAACAAGGAUGACCAGCGCCACGUGUGCGGCGCAUACCGCGAUAACCGCGAAGUGCCGUACGAGGGCAUCCUAGCCUCGACAUUCAGCGCCGAGCAAAAGGAGCUCAUGUACGGGAUACUGGAGCAGUAUCUGCUGUACCUGCCGGCGAAGGCGCGGGCGCUGAAGAUCGAGCAGGUGCGCCGGUUCGAGGCCGAGACGUACUUCUGCUGGAUUGGUGGGUAUGGCGACGAGGAUGCGUUUUACUAUCGGAUUCAGAGUCCUGUGAUUCUGGUCGAGUUUGAUCAUCAUUCGGGUGUGUUUUUGAAUAAUGAGGAGCCGAAGAAGUUCCAUAUUCAUACUUUGUUGCGGACUCCGAAUGCGGGUGAUUAUGGCCAUGCGUUGCGGGCUCAGAUUCCGGCUGUGGAGGGGUUGAAUGGGAAGGAAAUUGUUUGGUAG